CAUACAAAAUAGCAGCAUCUAAUCUAAUCUGAUAAUAAAGGAAAAGAACACGGAAAAAAAAGGUAUUCCUACUUGGUGAGAAUCCAAAUCCAACGGCUACGAGACUACGAGUAGGGUUGAAUUUUUCUCAACUGGGAAGGUUCUAAGGCAAUUCAGAAAAUCAGUGGGAGGUGAGAAAAUUCCUGUUCUCAUCCCUUUUCUUGGAUGUCCAGAAGUUUGGGUUUUCAUUUCUUGAUUAUUGUUGUUGAUUGUGUUUCAGUUGUCUCAUCUUGAGAUCUCUUCCGAUCCCUUGUGUGUUCUGGAAAAAGAGUUUGCAGCACAAGGGAAAAUAAUAUCAUUUAGAAAGCAGCAUAGUUUUGAAGAAGGAAACCAUGCCCUUAGUUAGAUCAUCCACUCCAUUUGGAAACCGUAAAUUGUAUUUGCUGAAUGGUCAUGGCGACAACUCCACUGGCUUGUCUACAACCAUGUUCAACCCAGAAAAGCGUGAGAUAGCAUAUGCAGCAGCUGAAUCUUACAGCAGUGGAAGUUAUGAUGCAAACUACUUCAUAGAUUCCCCAUCCCCAUCCCCAUCAUCUGAGCUUGUGCACCCGUCUGCUUCUGAAGCUUUGGUAAAUUCAUUCCAGCAUCGUCCUCCUCCAUGCCCAGUUUCGUCAGGCGAAAAUUCUCUAAGCUCUAUCCAAUCCUUGAGGAAAUGUGAUACUUAUCAAAUUAAUUAUGAUUCGGAGUACAUAUCUGGGCAAAGUCCUGAUCCCCUAGGCUUGGAAGAAGGUAAUGUGAGAUUGAAGAUUCAAGAACUGGAGAGAGCACUUCUUGAUGAUAAUGAUGAUGAUGAUAUGAUGUUUGGGUGUGCUCAAAGUAUGGAAGUUGAUCCAAUUUGUAGUCUGUUUCAAAAUGAAUCUUCAUCCUCGGAGUCUAAUGUUAGUACCAGUAGCAGCAGCAAUAAGGUGGAGGAUGAUACUCAUAAUACACAUCACACUCCAAAGCAGUUGCUUUUUAGUUGUGCUGCUGCAAUUCAACACGGGAAUUUAGAGCAAGCAUCAGCAAUGAUAAACGGGCUGAGGCAGAUGGUAUCAAUACAGGGAGAGCCUUGUGAUAGAAUUGCGGCCUACAUGGUAGAAGCUCUUGCAGCACGAAUGGAUACAUCUGGGAAAGGUCUUUACAAAGCUCUCAAGUGCAAAGCGCCCCCCUCUAAUGACCGACUUUCUGCCAUGCAAGUCCUCUUUGAGGUGUGUCCGUGCUUUAGGUUUGGGUUUAUGGCAGCAAAUGGUGCAAUUUUGGAGGCAUUGACGGGUGAAAAAAAUGUCCACAUUAUUGACUUUGACAUCAACCAAGGGAGUCAAUACUAUACGCUGUUGCAAACACUUGCCACUAUGCCUGGAAAGCCGCCUCAUCUUAGGUUAACGGGGAUUGAUGACCCUGAAUCAGUUCAACGUCCUACUGGGGGUCUACGUCUUAUUGGGCUGAGGCUUGAGGAACUGGCUGAAAAUCUUAAACUUCCAUUCGAGUUCAGAGCUAUGCCCGCUCAAUCUGCACUAGUUGCCCCAACCGUGCUGGGUUGCCAACCUGGAGAAACGGUUAUUGUCAACUUUGCUUUCCAGCUUCAUCACAUGCCAGAUGAGAGCGUGUCAACAGUAAACCAACGAGACCAGCUUCUACGGAUGGUGAAGAGCCUCAACCCGAAACUUGUAACUGUUGUAGAGCAAGAUGUGAACACCAAUACUGCUCCAUUCCUACCGAGAUUUGCAGAAGCCUACAACUACUACUCAGCUGUGUUCGAAUCUCUUGAUGCAACUCUUCCAAGGGAUAGCCAGGAGAGGAUGAACGUAGAAAGGCAUUGCCUGGCACGCGAUAUCAUCAACAUUAUUGCUUGCGAGGGAGAGGAGAGAAUAGAGCGGUAUGAGGUGGCGGGAAAAUGGAGAGCGAGGAUGAUGAUGGCGGGAUUCAAUCCAUGCCCUAUUAGCCGAAAUGUCAAUGAUUCAAUUCGAAAGCUUAUAAAGCAAUACAGCGAGAGAUACAAGGUGAAGGAGGAUGCAGGGUCACUGCAUUUUGGAUGGGAAGACAAAAUCUUAAUUGUGGCUUCUGCAUGGAGAUAAUAAAGCUAAGCUAGUUAGCUAAUGGUGUUGGUGUGUGCCCCUCUCUAUCAAGCUAUGUCUGACUUUGUGACAAUAUUUUCGUUUUUAGAUUGGGAUGCUCUGCAUGAUUUUGUAUAUUUAAGAUAUUACUCUCUCCGUCAACUUUAUUUGUUUUA